AUGACGUUGAGGCUGCUCGGUACCACACGCGCACAAGUGAGCGAAAAUGACUUCGAGAGCAGCACUGCCCCCUCCUUAUGCGAGCGGCGUUGCUACGCCACCGUCGAUGCCAAUCCUUUCCACGACAAUCAGACCGACGCUUUGCUGAGUGCUCGGCGAAUCGGCCAGCUUUGUGCAUCUUGGAAUUUCAAAUCUAAAGAAAAGCACCACCCGCGGGUAAGCUACGGAACGGCUUCGCCGCAAGAGCCUACAGCGUGCAUCUCUGGCCCCGCCUUGCUCUCCGCAUUAGUUUCAACCAAUCAGAAGCAUCUUUCCGGCGCUGCAAGCAGUUCAGACCAGUUCGAGACGGCCCGGUCUGCAGCCUGCUUUGCAGCUCCUUGCUUGCACAAGUCGCCACUCUCGUUGCCGCUCCUAGCAUAUCUCCUUUUGCCUACACAAGGCCGGUUAAGUUACCUGGAGCGGUGGGAUAUGAAGGAGCAUCGGUCAGGACGUUCGGAUUGGCUUGCAUGCUGCUGUCGUUUGAUCCUACCUCGACAGUCGGGUGUGGUGGAGCAGCCGCCGAAAGAAGAGAGAGAAAGGGCAACUGUUGGUCUCGCCUCACACUUGCGCCAAGUGGCUCGGCGCUCCUCGCUCUGGGGCUCGGAAGAAUGCCAUCGCAUCUGCUCCCCGCCCUGCAUGCCCGACAUAGUUUUUUUUCUAGACGAAUGA